UUCUGGGUUUGCUGGCACUGUUUAACAUUUUAGAGAACCAUGAAGUCACUGAAAUUCAUCCUCUGGACCCACAAUUGCCAAGAGAAACAGCCUUUCUAUCCUGCAUGAGGAAACGGUCAACAUGAAGAUUCCUGUUGGGUAUUGUAUGUUCAUCUUGGCAUUUCUUGUGAGCUGCACAGAACAGGCUAUGACGAAACCUUCAAGACUUUCUUCUCAAGGAACAGACUGCACACAGAUUAAGGCUCUCUCACCACAAGCAUCCAGUGGGGUUUAUGUUAUCCAGCCCUCCAAAUCCAAGGCUCCAUUUAAGGUGUUCUGUGAGAUGAGGACAGAUGGAGGCUGGACGGUCUUCCAGAGGCGGAGUGGAGGAGCACUUUCCUUCAACAGGAAAUGGACAGCAUACAAAAAGGGUUUUGGAAACUUGACACAUGACCACUGGCUCGGUCUGAAGAAGGUUUUCUCUCUGACCAAGAACAGGACCAAGAAGUGGACCAUGAGAGUGGACCUGUGGGACCACGACAGUUCCACGAGUUUCGCAGAGUACAGACACUUCAGACUGGGAAAUGCAAAAAAUGCUUUCAAACUGCAUGUUGGGAAAUACAACGGAAAUGCAGGUGAUGCUAUCCGUGGAGCCUACACAGGCAUCAACCAGAAUGGCUUCGGCUUCAGCACCAUCGACAACGACAAUGACGGCUGCAACCCUGAGUGCAUCUUCGGUGAUAUUGCUGAGAGGGAAUGUGCCUCUGCAGACGGUGGAGGUUGGUGGUACAGCCGCUGUGGCUCUGCCAGUCUGAACGGCGACUGGCAUCCUGCUGGGGACAACAUCGGCUGGGCGUCAGGCCUCCACUGGCACACCUGGAAAACUGUGCCUUAUUCCAUGAAGGCCACCAGAAUGAUGAUCAAGUCGGUGUGAGAGGAGUCAACCCACAGUUAACUCUGUUCUCAUUUUUUAUAUGAAAACCAUUUUGUUUCUAUGUUUGGAUACUGGUAAUAAUGUUUAUUUUACACUUCUUUGUGCCUUUAGAGAAGGAUUUUUCUUUAUUAUUUGCUCGUUAUUGAGGUAUUCCUUUUUAAAAAAAGAAUAAGGAUGAUGAUAAUGAAAUGACUUGCAGGUAUGCCUAAAAUAAUUGAAUUCUUACAGUUUAUUGUUACAUAAAUCAGCAAAAUAUCUGAAGGGUGAACAAACAUGGAAAACCAUGGAAGGCGCUUAACGCUGGAUGCUAGGGCUCUGUCAUAUGUUUUUAUUACUUUUCAUGUACUACAUCACUUUGCAAAGGAUUUUAUUGAAUAGUGUGCAUUGUUUGUAAUGGCUAAAUGAGUAUAAAUACAUCUUCACUCAA